AUGCCGAACAGAGGCCCAACCCUGAUCAACCUCCCUCCGCCACCCUCAGAUCCUACCACCCCCAGCGAGAUGGGACCCGGUACACCCAACUCGACAACUACUUGCCUCUCAACAUUGUCUGUGGUCGCUAUCAAGGACGGUGCAAUGGGCCACAGUGGAAGGGGUGCGAAUGCAUCCGCCAAUACUCUGGAGGCCGAAAGGGCGGAUCGGAUCUCUCGCCUUGCUGGUCUUGAACGUGUUGCCACCUCUCGACAAGGACCAGGUGGGCAGCUUGGCUCUGGACCGGGUCUAUUUUACGGCCAUAGUCCCUUCGACAACGUGCCGCAAGUGAGAGAGAGAAGCACAGUUGGUAGCGCCAGUGCAACAGGAAGUGCUGGCGGGAGAACGACAUGGGCGAGUGGCAGCAUUGAUUAUGACGCGGACAAGAUGAGUGAGGAUCAAGACGACGGAGUGUCAAGCACUGGAGGGUUUAGCGAUGAGGACAAGGCCAGUCUGGUCGGCUUCGGGGAGGGAGCAGGUAGCACCGUCAGUGGUCCAGUGUCAGCGCCCUACAAUCCUCGAACCUCGAUGUCGCGGCAGAGCACGAAUGUUAACGUACCAUCAACCCCACGCACGGGCACCAUUCCUGCAUUUGGAUCUGGACAAAGCACACCGAUGAGUGGCAUCACUCCCAGUGGACCAGCUGGGAGCACUGAUCCAAAGAUGAUGGACGGGAUGAGUUACGAUCAGAACUUCAUCGAUACAACCAUGCAGCCUGCUACACCUAUCGAUCAGCCUUAUCAAGGGAACCGUUUUUCUGGGGUAGGGACAGAAAUGGCAGAAGGGAUUUUACGGGAGAGGCUUAGUGAUGCUGAUCAAUUGCGCCGGCCCCUGGACACUGCCGAUGGGCAGACACUUGGGAAAUUUCCUUUUGAGAGAGAAUAG